AUGGCACUUAAACUCUACAUCUGGUCUCUCUUCCUCAUCCUCACCUGCCUACAUCAUGUAAUCGCCCAAACGGCUUCUGCCACCCUUGAACCAACAUCAAUGCCGUUACUACCAACAAAUUGGCAAAACGCCACUAUAGACCCUACAGAUACUUCAACCCUUUAUAAUACUCGAUCACUGGCAAUAUCCACUGGCAGUGCACAAUUGCUACCACCGCAAUCAGUCAAUGCAUUGACACGUUGGGCACAAUCAUUCGCGGUCUGGAGAGAUACAAAGCAAUACUUUAAAUCAGCUGGAUCUGAGGAAUACUCGUUUUGGUUGUUGGAGCUCUUGAGUGGCAACCUGAACAUGACUGUGGUGACGAGAAUCAAUGGGAGUACGAUUCUGUCGCGAGAAGCAAAGGGAACUACUGUUUGGAAUGAGACUGUAGAGGGAGGUGAUAUCGGAAGUCAUUUUAAUCCCAUGACAUUUACGCUUGACACGUUCUACACAUGGUGCCAAUCAACCAUAAAGGCCAUGACGACUCAAACUCCUUACUUGUCUACACAGCAGCUACAUGGAUCCACUGGCCUGAUCUUUUGCUGUGGAUCUAUAUCUCUGAGCUCACUGGCAGAAUUCAGGAAGGCCAACUUUAAUGGUUAUUGUGUGGCCAAUACCGCUUUUUACGUGAACGGAACUAGGAUCGAUGCUUCAAGGGUUAACCUCACAAAGGCAUCCAGAUCUAGCAUAAAAUCACAGUCACCAACCGUCGUACGCAGAAGUACGAUGCUCAGAACUAGUAAUGAUGCUCAACCAACUGUUUUCACGAGUGCGGUCGAGGUUGCACCUUCUGAAGUGGUGGCAGUCGCAUCGCCUGCAGCUGAAUCCCCAGUCGAGGCUAGUGGUAUCAGUAAUCCGUCGGACGGGAUUCCAGAUGCACAGGUCGCUGUAAAUAGAGGACAACCUGCACCAACGCCGCUAAGUAAAAGUGAUGGAUCUCGUUUCAAUCCAUUGAAUGUCAGGGGCCCGGGCACGGCUCCUCAUACACGGAUACCUGAGCUCCUAGACACUCUUAAGGCUGAAUUCGAUGCACUCGUGCAAGACCAUAGUGUCUACAAACUGCAGCGAGAUGAAUCUGAUCAUAAAAUAACGGCCCAAAUGAAUGAAUUGGCAGCAUUCCAACAAUCAUUAUACGAACUCGAACGAGCUCAUCAAAAGAUGAAGCAAUUAUACGAAGAGGAAAUAAUUCGAUUGAGGAGAGAAUUAGAAGCUAGAGGUGUUCCUCCUCCACCAUCCAUGCUGACCCAGGAUGCACGAAACAGAGGCAAUUCUACUCUGCCGGAAGGCAUACCACCUCCUGUGCUAGCAUCAAGUGGAAAUAGCGGUGCUGGAAGUGUGUUUGGUGCACUGAUGGCAGGUGCGGGUCAAGCUGGACCAUUAGAUUCACAAGCCAGGCCGCCCUAUAUUAAUGGAGGUGGAGAACCAUCACACCCGUCAAAACGACUACGUGCCGAAGAUGGCAUGCCCGUAAACAGAGACAUGGGAGCAGCAGGCCCCAUGAACCCAUAUAAUCCAUCAAUUUCAUCAUAUCCACCAUCUGUUCCUCCACCAUCAUAUCUACCACAACCUGGCAGUAUGAUUCCACCGAACGUAAACAAACUUCCACCAAACAAGGAACAAGUAGGUAUGCAAGGACCUCCAACUGGUAACCCCGGUAUGAAUAUCCCAAUGGGAAUGUCGCCUGGAUAUCAUUCGCCCCAUCAUCAACAACAACAAAUGCAACAGCAACAGCAGCAACAACAACAAGGACAAGCAGACUUGAAACGAAAACAAGCUGCCAAUGGUAUCGUUGGUGGUGGCGGUGGUGUACCCUCACCUCUACCACGAGGAGGGACGCCGACACCAAUCGCAUCGUAUGCUCCCAAACCACCAGUUGCAUCCGUCCCCAUGUCUCAGCCAGUAUACAAUCAACCAUUGACUGGACUCUGUGACUUGUCUAUUGAAUCUGCUCAGCCGGGAUGGAAGAAGGAGGCGUCCGAUUGGUUGGUGUUGUAUAAUCAGUCAUCACCUGCUCUGCAAAAGGCGAAAAUGAAUGUAGAGUUGUUGCAUACUUUCGAUCAUGGCAGUACACUUGUUGAUGACUCAAUACCGAAAGAAGGCGAUUUAUAUAUACGAUCAGUGUGUUUCUCGCCCGAUGGGCACUUCCUUGCUACAGGAGCAGAAGAUCGAGUGAUUCGUGUUUGGGACAUUAAUCAAAAGAAGAUUCGAUGGGCCUUGACUGGCCAUGAACAGGAUAUAUAUUCUUUAGAUUGGUCGGGCGAUGGUAGAGUAGUCGUGUCUGGUAGUGGUGAUCGCAGUGUCAAGGUGUGGGAUAUGGAAACUGGAAAGUGUACCAUUACGAUGCAGAAUGAAGAUGACCGUUACAAUCGACCACCGCAAUCAGCAGCCACAUCAGGAAUAAAAGAUUCGGGUGUGACAUCAGUAGGCGUAUCACCGGUAGAUGGAUAUUGUGUUGCUGCUGGCUCACUAGAUAAGAUUGUCCGUGUAUGGUGUCUACGAACAGGAACCCUCCUUGAACGAUUUGAAGGACAUCGUGAUUCCGUAUACUCUGUCUCAUUCUCGCCUGAUGGCAAAUCCAUCGUAUCGGGCAGUCUAGACAAGACGAUAAAAGUAUGGGAUUUGGAUCCUCGUACUGUGAAUUACCUCAAGACCGAACCGACUAGUAAUAAUAACAGUAGUGAUCCAUCGCAACCCAACACAUCAGGUCUACAACGCUUUGAAACCAUAGUGACUACAACAUGUCGGCAUACGUAUGCUGGACAUCGUGAUUUUGUCUUGUCGGUUGCUUUUGCUGGUAGUACUUCAACGAUUGGACGUCUAAAUGAACGUGGAGAGAGUGUGUCUGGAGGUGAAGGUCUUGCUGACGUAGAGUGGGUUGUGUCUGCCAGUAAAGAUAGGACUGUUACAUUCUGGGAUGCUAGAACGAUUGGUCCUGGUGGAAGAACUCCAGAUUUGGCUACUGCUGCUCAGUUUGUGUUGCAGGGACAUAAGAAUUCUGUGAUUUCCGUGGCACUAGCGCCUCGGACUGGCCUCUUUGCUACAGGAUCAGGAGACUGGAGAGCCAGAAUUUGGAGAUUGAGUCUGGUAACUCCAGAACAACCAAGUAUUGCACCUGCAGCAGGAACAUCUGAACAAAAGAAUAAUGUAGCAUCAUCAUCACUAGAAACAACUCAACAACAACAACCUCCUCCACCGCCACCAAUGCCUCCUGCUCCAGCCCCACAUCCGAUAUCAUCAGGAUCAAUGUCAUCUACUUCUACAGAAGCUAUGGAGACUGGAGCUUAA